GUCGGCUGAUAUCCGGCCGGACGAUGACGGAGCUGAAGGGUGUCGUGUUUUGGGGCGUUGUGUCGUUUUUCUGGACUUUCUGUAAAGGAGACAGAAGCGUCUCCUGUGUGUUCAGUGAGGUUUGCAUCCUGCCAUGCAGCUUCCAGCCGGCCGACGCUCUGGCGGUCCACUGGACUCAGCUGGCAGCAGCAGAAUCCGUCGUUCAUUCUUACUAUGACGGCAGAGACCAAGUCCAGCACCAGAACCAGAACUUCAGAGGUCGGACGUCUCUGUUUGCAGACUGGGUCGCCUCAGGAAACGCCUCAGGAAACGCCUCAGGAAACGCCUCAGGAAACGCGUCUCUGCUGCUGAGCGCAGUGAAGGUCCAGGAUCAGGGCCGAUAUGUGUGCAACUGCAGCAGCUCAGCAGGAACCAGGCUGCAGUUCAUCAGAGUGUCUGUGGACGCUCCGGUGAAAACGGUCAACGUCCAACAAGCAGGGAACCGGAUCAUCUGCAGCUCGGACGGGAUCUACCCAGAACCGGACCUCACCUGGUCCACCGAGCCGCCGUCCGAAUUGGUCCUGCAGAGCUCGACUCUGCUGCAGCGGACCGAGCAGCAGCUGUUCAACAUCAGCAGCUUCCUGCAUGUUCCGGACAACGACACGGACCUGACCUACGUCUGCACCGUGGGAACCCGCAGGAACCGCCGGACCAGCAGGCUGGAGAACCCGGGAACAGCAGGUCGGGUUCAGGGCGCCGGGAUCGUAGCUGGAGUCAUUUUGGUGUCCAUUUCAACGAUGGUGGUUCCGUUCUUUGUGGAAAAAUGUAUCAAGUCCAGGAAGUCCAAACCGUCCCAGCAGCAGAAUAUUUCCAUAGAAGAAGAACCAGAGAACCGACCAAUCAGCAGCCAGCGGAUCCUGGAGGAAACUCAGAGUCUCCACCCACAGGAAAACCAAACGGCUUCACUUCACCUGGGUGGAGCUGAAAACGAGCUGACCUCCCUGGGAUCAUGGACCCGAAGGUCUGAGCCAGAAGGACACACCCACCAGAACCAGAACCAGAACCAGAACCAGGACCAGAACCAGAACCAGAACCAGGACCAGAGUGGUCCAUCUGAACCAGAACUCUGAGGCCUAAAUGAACUUUCUGACCUGCUGCUAUCAGAACCAGCAGAAUUAUGUUUAUAAUUUGCUGUAAAAUCGUUGAACUGAUGUAAAGAUGAGGCACUUUAUGCUGUUGCACUUAUUUCUUCUGAAUUUAUGUAUUUUAGGUUUUUAACAUUAAAUGUUAAAAAUUCAGAAACAACCAGAAAAAACCUCAUGAACUUCCUGGUUCAUCGUGAAAAACCUUUCACUGCAGAUCCAAAAUGGAUCAAAGAUAAAAACCUGAAGUAAUUUAUUGUGAUGAAUAGAUUUUAUUUUUCUUGUAUUAAAUUCUGAGUCUGUUUUCUAAAAACAGACUCAG